AUGAAGGCAGCAGAAAGUUGUGAACAUGAGGUGAACUCUACUACUUUGAAGAACUUCAAAUACAGUAGCCCUGAGGAGAAGUCAGACUGUUUGUGCAACACCAUCACAUCAAGAAGAUGUGUGCAACAGAUACUUCAGAGUAAGAAGGAAAAUAGUGAAUAUGUUUGCCAAAUAUCAGUUCUUGCCUUGAGAUGGCGAGUUGCACAAACACGAACACAUUUUAUACCAAUGGGUAUGCCUAUGCCAUGUAACAGCUCAUCUCCAACCACAGCCUCACCCCCAACCCAGCGCUGCUCAGAUUCUUCAUCUGCAACAUCCUCAGAACACAAUGAACCCCACGUUGAUGAGCCCCGAGUCCCAGUGCCUGCCCCAAAGAUAGUCCAGGAAACAGAGUUUCUUUCUCAGCUCCCAAAAAUCAGCGGAGCAGCAGCUCCCACCAACACCUUCCCCGGAUCUCGGUCAUUUCUGCCAGGGCUGAGAGGCCACGCCUGCUCCUGCUGGAGACUGCGAGGUGCUGCUGUCCCCCACAGAAGCCAGUCGGACUUUGACGGAACCCUGAGGAGGACCCUUGAGGACCGUGAGUUUCGGGGACAUCUGCCCAGAAGGACAGAGCCUGUGUCAGUGACUGCACUUCUUCAUUCUGUUAGUACAUCCACCAUCCACUUCCUUCAAAAACGGGAAGACAGCAUCAUGAGCACUCCAGGGUGCACAUAUCAGCGGGGCCCUCACACUCCCUCUCUUUCCCAGGCCUGUGCCCCCAACCAGCAUCCGUGCACACACCUCCUGCCUCCGAACAUGCCUGCUGCCUGUGCCACAUGUGACACCAUGCCUCGCAAUCAUAGGUGUGUGGUGUGCAUGGUUGAGGAAGCGCUUCAGCACCCACUGGAGACCUGGCAUCAGGAGAAUGUGCCAGAGGCCGUGGCGGCUCCUGCUCCGUCCCAGGCUCCCAGCAACCCUGGCCAUAAUGCCGUAGGGGCCCCUGUCUCCCUAGGGCACCUGGCUAUCUCUCCCCAAAGUAACGGUGUCAGCAGGCCAGUGGGAGGGCCCGAUGGUAGGGAGGAGGAAGGAGACCUUGAGGCCUCCCUCCUAGAGGAGCUGUACGACAAGAUGGCUUAUCUCUUGGGGUUCCUGCUCCUCAAGUUCCGCAGUCAGGAGCUGAUCACGAAGGAGGAAAUGCUGAGAGCCGUCCUGAAUGGCGAUGAGGCUCACUACUCCCUCAUCUUCAGCCAGGUGUGCGAGUGCUUGCAGCUGGUCUUUGGGGUGGAUGUGAGGGAGGUUGACCCCCAGUUGGAGAGCUACAUGCUGGUCACUACCCUGGGCCUCACUUACCAAGGCAUGGUGGGUCCUGAGCAGCCCAUGCCCAACAGUGGCCUGCUGGUGAUGACCCUGGGGAUCAUCCUGCUGGAGGAUGACUGUGCCUCUGAGGAGGACAUGUGGGGAGCACUGAGUCUGGUGGGGGUGUAUCCCGGGAGGGAGCAUUUAAUCUACGGGGAGCCCCGGGAGCUCCUCACCAAUGCGUGGGUGCAGGAGCAGUACCUGGAGUACCAGCAGGUGCCCGGCAGUGACCCUGCCCUCUACCAGUUUCUCUGGGGCCCCAGGGCCCGCGCGGAGAUCCACACAGACCACAUGGUGGAUUUCCUGGUCAGGCUCUAUAAGAGCGCACGCAGCUCCUUCUUCACCAUGCCUGAUGUGUCCCAGAUUCAACCACAGGCAGGGGGCGGCCCGCCUGACCCUGACACCCAGAGUCCCAGAGGGAGGGGGAUUUCCAUGGUUUAG